AUGGAGGCGGGUGUGAACGUGACAGUGGCUGGCGACGGCGGGAGCUUGGGGCCCUCCUUCGUCGGGCUGGAGCUGUUGAACAGGCUCAAGCCGCUGUUCCUCCUGCUGUAUGCGGUGCUGGUGGUAGUGGCCUGUGUGGGCAACUCCCUGCUGGUGCUCCUCAUCUCCACCACCAAGAAGCUGCACAACACCACCAACUUCCUGAUCGGCAACCUGGCCGCCUCCGACCUGGUCAUGUGUCUGCUGUGCGUGCCGCUCACCGUCUCCUACGCCUUCGAGCGCCGCGGCUGGCUCUUUGGGGUCUUCAUGUGCCACUUUGUGACCCUCAUGCAGGCGGCCAGCGUCUUCGUGUCGGUGCUGUCGCUAACCGCCAUCGCCGUGGACCGGUACGUGGUGGUGAUUUACCCCGUCCAUCGCCGUAUCCGGCCGCGCUCCUGUGCCUACGUGGUGGUCCUGAUCUGGCUGCUGUCCCUCGCCAUCUCGGCCCCCGCCUCGCUGCACACACGCUACCUGGACCUCAACCGGACGGGCCACGAUAUGAUCGUGUGCGAGGAGUUCUGGAACGAUCUGGAGAGGCUGCGUCUGCUCUACUCCUGCUCCGUGUUGCUGUUGUUCUACAUGCUGCCGCUCUGCACCGUCUCCAUCUCCUACUGCGCCAUCGGCCGCCACCUGAGGAAGAGGAGAGUGCCGGGGGCUGCCGUGUGCGGGCAGGAGAGGUGGAGCAGCAGGAAGAGGAAGACUUUCCGCAGGCUAACCAUCUCCAUCCUGGCCUUUGCCCUCUGCUGGAUGCCCCUCCAGACCGUCAAUCUGAUCAGGGACAUCGACCUGGACUUCACCAUCAUGGGCAAGAGGUACACGAACGUCAUCCAGAUCUGCUGCCACCUGGUGGCCAUGAGCUCCGCCUGUUACAACCCCUUUAUCUACGCCUCGCUGCACCACAAGCUGCGGCUCCGGCUUGCUUCCUAUUAUUUCAGGAGAAAGUCUUUUGCGAUCAAAUGUCAGACCUGUCACGCAACACGGGUGGUCAUCUCCGAUAACGGGGCACACGGCCCCGUCGAUGCACCAGAGCGUCAGCUUAGACUACAUGAUUCCAAGUCGCGACGCCAGACCCGAAACCCACAACCGUCCGUCGCAGAGGUGAGAGGGUGUACCGCUGCCCCGCUCUCCCAGCACACCUCACUGGAGCGUCAGCCCAGAGACGACACGUGCGCGAAGGUCUCCGACGCGCGGGGGGCGGGGGGGCUGAAACCCGCCACUUUGCGACUCGGCGGCGAGCAUUGGGCCAGGAAGAAGGCACGCGUCCAACUCUAUCAAUUUAAAUCAUUCAACGAGUGGUCUGCGGAGAUCGUCAACAUUUCCUAA